AUGUUAGCAGAUAAUAUGCUGCAACCCGUUUUUUCGCUUCAAUUAAGUAAUAAGAUUAUUCCUCGAACUGUGGCUAUUGGUAAAUUUAAUGGAAAACGACCAUGUUUAGUUGGCGCUACUUCUGGCAACAAAGUACAUCUAAAAGGUUUACUUGGUCUAUCCAAAAACACAGUUUCUUUGCUGAAUGUUAAUCAAGUUGUGACAUCAUUAGCAGUAGGUAGACUAGAUGAACAAUUACACAAAGAUUUAUUGGUAGUGGGGACAAAUACGAGUAUUCUCGCUUAUGAUAUUGAUCGAAAUACUGAUUUAUUUUUCAAAGAUAUACCCGAUGGUGCUCAUGCACUCACAAUUGGAAGAUGGGGUGAAUUGCCAGAUAGUUUAGCUAUUGUUGGAGGAAAUUGUUCGAUACACGGUUUCAAUAAGAAAAGUGAAGAUGUGUUAUGGACAGUAACAGGAGAUAAUGUUUGUUCAUUAGCAUUGCUUGAUUUUAACAAUGAUGGCUAUAAUGAGCUUGUUGUUGGUAGUGAAGAUUACGAUAUUCGAGUAUUUCGUGAAGAUCAAUUAAUUGCAGAAAUGCAAGAAUCAGAAAAAGUCAUAUCCAUUUGUCCUCUCGUUGGUGCACGAUUUGGUUAUGCACUAUCAAAUGGAACUGUUGGAAUUUACGAGAAAAAUCUUCGAAAUUGGAGAAUAAAAAGUAGAAAUAUUGCUAUGGUUUUAGCAUCGUUCGACGUUGAUGGAGACGGAGUACAAGAAUUGUUGACAGGCUGGAGUAGUGGCAAAGUUGAUGCUAGAAGCGACAGAACUGGUGAAGUUAUUUUCAAAGACAGUCUCGGAACAUCGGUAGCAGGCAUCGUAAGAGCUGAUUAUCGAAUGAAUGGUGAAGAAUUGGUCAUUUGCUGUUCGAACGAUGGGGAAGUGAAAGGCUUCAAAUUUUCUGAUGAUGACAAAUCAGUAGCAGCUAGUGCCUAUAAAGAUCGUCAAGAGGCUAUUCGAGAUUUAGAAUUGAGAAAACAAGCAAUUCGGCUUGAACUACAUAAUCUUGAAGAGGCAGCUAAAAAAUCUUCAUCUCCUGCAAACGUUAGAUCAAUGCCAUUAGAUAGCGAAGCUGAAAUUCCAGCUAAUACACAAAUUCAAACAUCAGUAUCAGUUGAACGAGUUAAAGGAGACUAUCCGGCACAUAUUGCAUUCAAAAUGAAAACAUCAAAUGAUACGAUUAUUCGUACUGUUACUGUUUUUGCUGAAGGCUUAUUUAAAGGAGAAUGUUUAGUUGUUCAUCCAGCUGCAAAUCAAGUUCGAGAAUCUUUAGUAUGUCCAGUAAUUCCACCUCGUGAUAUUGCACUUGAUUUACAUGUUCAAGUAUUUGUUGGAUUAAAAUCAAGUAUAUUAUUUCAUGUUUUCGAAUUAAGUCGUCCACUUCCAACAUUUUCUAUGUAUGCUCUCAUACCAAACACACUAGAAGAACCAAAAGGAUUUGUCACAUUUUAUAUCAAUGAAAGAAUAGCCAGAAUUGUUGUGUGGAUCAAUCAUCAUUUUUUGUUACAAGAAGAGUAUAGUUGCUCAACAGCGUUAAAUAUUCAGUUUUUAGCAUUAAGAACAGAACAAAAAUUAAUUAUCAAAAUGCAAACGAAUGGUCAAAUGACAAUUAUGACAGAUGAUAUGGAAUUAGCUGGUAACAUCAUUCAAUCAAUGGCAAAAUUUUUAAAUAUUGAAGAUUUACAAACAACAUGCGAAUUUCCUAGUGAAUUGGAAAUGCUUAGUCGUGUAUUCUUACAUAUUGACGAAUCUAAUAGUGUAAGACAAAAAAUAUCAUCGGAUAUGGCUGAACAUGCAAAUAUUAUCCGAAGCUUUUUAGUUCGAGCAGAAGAUUCAAGGCUUAUUGGUGAUAUUGGUGCUAUGAAACGUCAUUAUUUCGAUUUGAUUUCAUUAAAUCGUGAUUUAAUCAAUGGUUAUCGUAUUCGUUGUACAAAUCAUGAAGAAUUGUUAAAAAAUUUAAGAUUUUUAAAUCAAACUAUUCAAAAAGCGGGAAAUCUAAGAGUUGGUAAAUACAAAACCAUUGUCAUUAAUAAUUGUCGUGCAUCUGUCAAAGCGAACAACGUUGCUGCAUUAAUAAAAUCAAUUAAAAGUGGAAGUGUAUGA